AUGGAUGCCCCCACGUCUUUUUCAGCACAACCUCCUCCUCUAGAUGCUCCCUUUGCCACUCGUCUUCCACGUUCACGUUUGGAUGGCGAGGAUUUGAGAAUACUCUGCAAUCUGCGUAUUUUGUUCGAACGUAUCACAUUUUUACUCUUUGAUACCAUUCAUCGGGAUGAUGAUGAUGGUGAAGACGAAUCCGGUGUUGCUGAUAAGGAUAAUGAUGUCCACGGUCUUGACAACCGAACAAAACAAUUCAAUCAAUACUAUGAAUCUUCGAACUUCUGA